ACUGCUCAUGCGACUCAUAGGUCCAAUAUCAACAAGUCAGCGUCUUAAAUGUUCGCCCUGGUCGGUUAUCUUGUGUCCGAUACCUGUCAUUGGUCUUCCGCGUUCGCUUGGCCUAGAAACUUGCUCGGGCGUUGGCUUACUUCUACCAUAAAUAGUGCAUAUAGUUCCACUACUGAUCUCUGGAUUCAGCGUAGCAUGUGUGAUGCUGGGGGCGGGAUAUUGAUACCCUCGGUACAUAGCACAGCUUCUAUAAGAUACCUCUGUUUCACGAUCAACCUGCUCUGAGCACCCUCAGAAGAAUUCCCUCUCAUUAUGCCUCUUUCAACCAAAGCUGUCGAAGAUAUCAAGAGCACACUAGAUGCUUUCGUUGGAGAUGGCUCGCCGGGUCUCGCCUUCCACGCUAUCGACAAAUCGGGCAAAACACUUGUCGAGCAUGCUUCAGGUACACUGGGUAUAGACUCUAAGGAGCCUAUGAACACUCAGACCACCACCUUUUGGAUUGCUUCUUGCACAAAACUGGUUACUGCAAUUGCUGUGCUGCAGCUUGUUGAGCAGGGCAAGAUACCUUUGGACGAUGCUGAAUUCAUCAAGAAAACCGUGCCGGAGCUAUCAGAGAAAAAGGUCUAUGCAGAUGGCGUCAAUGGUGUUGAGCAGGAGAAGGGCAUCACGGUACGAAUGCUAUUGAGCCAUACCGCAGGAUUUGGAUACCGGUUCGCGGAUCCGAGACUCGUAGCGGAUGGCAUCGAAGGAAGCAGUGGAGACAAACGCGACAUCCUCGAUGCGAAGCUCGUAAACCAGCCGGGCAGUAUGUGGGAAUAUGGACUCAACAUGGACUGGGCCGGUAUCGUUCUCGAACGCGUCACGGGGCAAACACUAGGGGAAUACUUCCAAGAGCAUGUCUUCACGCCCGUAGGCAUCGCCGCAGAAGGCGCAACCAUGUUCCCCUCCAAGGAAGCGCAAAAGAACCUAGCACACAUGCACCAACGCGAGACCGAUGGCACCCUCCAAGAGCGCGAACAUCUCUACAACGGCCCUCUGUCUUGCCCCAAAGAAAACCAAAAAGACUUCCUCCAAUCCGGCGGCGCAGGACUCUGGUCAAGACCUAGCGAAUACGUCAAGAUCCUCGCUGCUCUAUUGAACGACGGAACCAGUCCACAGACUCAAAACCGCAUCCUCAAGAAGGAGACUGUCGAUCUCAUGUGGGAGAACCAAAUCCCCUCCCAACCCGACUUUGCACGUGCCAACGUCCCACCCCCGAACCCUUUGCUCGUCAACCAAGCAGCGGAUAUGUAUCCUCAGCCUGGAAACCCUCCUCAGGGAUGGGGCUUUGGUGGUUUCAUUACCAUCGAGCCUGGUCAGUCUGGUCGUGGGGCUAACACGCUGUGGUGGAUGGGCUUGUGCAACUGCUUCUGGUGGGUGGACAGGGAGAAGGGAGUUGCGGGUAUGAUUGCUUCGCAGGUGCUUCCCAACGGCGAUCCCAAGGUCAUUCCGGCUUGGUUUAUGGCUGAGAAGGGUGUUUAUGAUGGGUUGGAGUGAGGUUGAUGGAUGUGAUAUGUAACGUGCUUUUGAUUGGCCGUGUCGCGUAUCAACGCGUGCAAACAGAGGCCGUUGGUUUGAAAGCAGGUGAUUGAAAGCAACCGCACUAGAAAAGACCUCAAAAUGCCUCCAUGUGCAGCAGCAAUCCAAUGUCUGAGCACGCGUUUGCCUGUCAAAUGGAUAUGUGAAGAUACAAAGCAGACGUCCUCCAAGACGCAAUCAAGAAGCAAUAUCCACCUCUACUACAAGACGCUACUUAACCUCACUUCGACGAAUCUGACUAUCUACUCGUCACCUCACUCCUCAAUCUACAU